AUGGUUUGUGAUAGAACAUGGAUUACUCAGUUUACUAUAUCAAUGUUUUAUUUUGGAAGUUUAUGUGGUCAUUUAUUGUUUGGUCACAUUAUUGAUAUUUGGGGUCGUAGGGCAGGUUUUUUUUCCUGCUUAACAAUAGAACUAUUAUUUGGGAUCCUCAUAAUUUACUCAUCAAAUAUCUACAUGUUUAUAAUAUGUCAAUUUGCAAUAGGAUUAACAAUUGCAUCAAUAUUUGAUAUUCCAUUUGUGUCAUCAAUUGAAUUAGUGGGACCAACUAAGAGAGCCUUUAUCACCAUUCUAAUGUGCUUUACUUAUGCCUGUGGUGUGGUUAUAUUUGCCACAAUAGCUUACUUUGUUAGGGAUUGGAAAAUAUUGACACUUAUUGUGGACAUACCAUUUAUUGCUUUCUAUAUUUAUUGGUGGUUUUUACCAGAAUCAAUUCGAUGGUUGAUAGUCAAGAAAAAAUAUCAGAGAGCCGAAAAGAUUAUUCAAAUAACUGCCAAGGUUAACAAAGUAUCCAUCCCUCACAAUUUCCUCAUUUCAAAAUUGAAAGAUGACGAACCUAACACUGAUCAUCGAAAGGCAGAUAUCCCCGAACAAUUCAAACGCGAUUUAUUGCCGAGUAACGAUUCAUCGGUUUCCUUGACCAAUUUCGCGUUUUCCCUAACAGAUAUUUCGAAUAAACCGAGCGUAGAAAAUGGUAGCCAAGAAAUCAAACAUCAUGAUGAUUUUGUAGGAGAAACGGAGCUCAAAGUUAAACAGCUGAGUAUAAGGGAUUUGCUUUCCCAUCCUAAUAUGAGGAACAAGACGUUUAUCAUCACCUUUGCUUGGAUAGCGAACGUCGUGUCCUACGUUGGUAUCCAAAAUUACGUAUCCUUCCUCGACAAUAUUCACCUUAAUUUCUUGCUGGCAUCCUUAGCCGAGCUGCCCGGUUACAUAUUCCUUUGGUUUACGUUGGAUAAAAUAGGUAGACGCUUUCCUUUUGCCGCGUGUAUGUUGGUGUCUGGAAUCAGCGUUUUGGCUACCAAUUUAGUCUUUUCCACCUCCAAAUUACUCGUUCUGGUGCUAGCGCUAAUAGGUAAAAUAGGUAUAACAACGUCUUUUGCCAUAAUAUACCUGUACGCUUCCGAGAUAUACCCUACCGAACUCAGGGGAACUGGGAUGGCCUUGACGUUAACCGUUUCCAGAAUAUUUACCGUCGCGGUUCCUUUUAUUACAUAUACCAAAUGGGUGUUAUUGCCGACCAUAAUAAUGGGUGCUAUCACUACUUUAGCCGGAUUUCUAGCCUUAUUGCUUCCAGAGACCCUUAAUACGAAUCUACCCGAAACAUUGCUCGAAGCUGAAAUGAUUGGAUUGGAUUAUUCGAUCUUUAAAAAACUCAAAUAUUUUACCUCUCUGUUUUAAAAUAAAAUAUACUUAUUGAAUGCUUGACUAAAUCAUUUUUUUUAUACCUUAAUAUCUUUUUAGUAUAAAUACUUAGUUUCAGGGAUCCGUCUAGAAUACUUUACCUAACCAUGUGAUAUAAUCUCA